AUGUUGACUUCCUGUGAAUUUGGAUUCGGCGUUGAAGCCGACUGUUACAGCCGUCAGGGAUUCAGGAGAUCUCCAGGAUUUCCAAAAAUGGUUGAAAAAAGUCAAGGAUUCUUUGACUUGGAUACUCUGAAUAUUGAUUUUGAUUAUCUGAGCAGUCCUCCGGCGGCGGCUAACAUCGCCGAAUGUAGUUUGGCCUGUGAGCAACGGUCUAUUAAGAAGACCCUUGAAGAAUGGGGCUGGCUGGAGCUCCUCAAGAUCGACACUGGGGCUAACGGUGAAGAGCCUGAAGGGAGCCGCAGAAUUGACACUGGGGCCAACGUUGAAGAGCCGGAAGCUGUUGUGGAAAAAGAAAGGCCUUGUUCAAGCAAGGCCAGUGAUGAGACAAGCGACUCAGAUGAGUGGCAUGAAGUUAGAUCAAGACGAUCAAGAUCGUCGACUAGUUCGGAGACGGACAGUAGUUCAACAGAAGGCAAAAACUACAAGACGAUGAUGUGUUUAAGUUAUUUAAACAAAGGCUACUGCAAACGAAAACAUUGCACUUUUGCCCACGGCAAAAAAGAAUUAAGAAAGACAGAAGUGAGUCUCGUACAAUAUCUUAUACAUUGACAACAUUUUAAUCUUAUAGUACUGGAGUUUCAACAACAUGUUGCAACAAUUUAACAGUAUUAGUAUUGAUUUUUACUAACUAUGGGCUUUGCUUUUACUUACAACUAAAAUUUUAGAACUCGGCAAAGUAUCACACAAAAGUUUGCAUUAACUUUCAGCAAACUGGACGGUGCCAGUAUGGAAAGGCCUGCACUUUUAUUCAUCGUAAAUAA